AUGAGGCCAGUCCUGAGUGCAGGGGACUCGUGUUUUGCCGUCUCUCGGACCAUCUGCGGCAGGUCGCGGUCGGCUGGGCUCGGUACAGUCCCGGGCCCUGAGCUGGGGGCCCCUCCUCUGCCCGGGCCCCUGGCAGAUGGCCCCGCCGACUUUACGGCAUUCCGCUGUAAAAGAGACGGUCCCACAGACGCACCGCGACAUCUGGAGCAGAGAGCAGCCAAGAAGAUGGAGAGGAGAGGGGCAAGGAGGAAGAGGGCGAACCAGGUCUGGACCAGGUCUAAGCCAGUCCUGAGUGCCGGGGACUCGUGUUUUGCCUGUCCUCGGACCAUCUGCGGCAGGUCGCGGUCGGCUGGGCUCGGUACAGUCCCGGGCCCUGAGCUGGGGGCCCCUCCUCUGCCACGGGCCCCUGCAAGAUGGCCCCGCCGACUUACGGCAUUCCGCUGUAAAAGAGACGGUCCCACAGACGCACCCGCGAACAUCUGGAGACAGAGAGCAGCCAAGAAGAUGGAGAGGAGAGGGGCAUAG